AUGAGGGGGUUGCUGGCGGUGGAGGCCGGGGGCGCGGCGGCGUCGUCGGCCUCGGCCUCGGCGCUCAACGGCGCCGUGGACUGGUGGCGCGACGUCAACGAGUCGCCGCUGUGGCAGGACCGCAUCUUCCACGCGCUCGCCGUGCUCUACGGCAUCGUCUCCGCCGUCGCGCUGAUCCAAUUGAUCAGAAUCGAGUGCAGGGUGCCAGAGUAUGGGUGGACAACGCAGAAGGUGUUCCAUUUCUUAAACUUCCUCGUGAACGGCGUGCGGUCCGUCGUCUUCGUGCUGCGGCGAAAUGUGCAGCUCGUGGAGCCUGAGAUAAUACAACACGUGCUUCUCGAUAUGCCCGGGCUUGCGUUCUUCACAACAUAUGCACUUUUAGUGCUCUUCUGGGCAGAGAUUUAUUAUCAGGCACGUGCAAUGUCGACUGAUGGGCUUAGACCAACUUUCUAUUGGAUCAAUAGCGUGGUCUAUGCAAUUCAGAUAAUUCUAUGGUUGGUUUUGUGGUGGAAACCAGUUCGAGUUAUGGUCAUCUUGUCAAAGAUGUUCUUUGCAGGUGUAUCACUAUUUGCAGCCCUCGGGUUUGUUCUCUAUGGAGGAAGGUUAUUCCUGAUGUUGCAGCGUUUUCCUGUAGAAUCAAAAGGAAGGCGAAAUAAAUUGCAGGAGGUUGGCUAUGUGACUACCAUCUGCUUUUCUUGUUUCUUGAUCAGAUGCGUCAUGAUGUGCCUUAAUGCAUUUGAUAAAGCAGCAGAUCUUGAUGUUCUGAAUCAUCCAAUCCUGAGCUUCUUCUUUUACCUGUGCAUAUCAUCUGUUCACAUCGCAGUAAUUGUUUGCGUGUUUCUUUUGGUCCUCUGCCUCCUCACCUUUGCUGAACAAGAACAGUUAAUCCUCCUGGAGUACAUGGAUGUGAUUCGAUCAGUUGAGCUCGAUCGUUAUUCGCUGGAAACUGUUCGGACCAUCCACAUCUGA